GUCCUCAAACCGUUGAGCAAAGAAGAUCUUGAGCGCUUCGAGCGCAAACAACGCAAAAAGGGCGUGAUCUACAUUUCGCACUUGCCUCAUGGCAUGACCGUACCUAAGGUCAAGCAUCUACUCGGAAGCUUUGGAGAGGUGGAGCGGAUAUUUUUGCAGGAUGGGACGCUUCGAGCUGGCGAGAAGCGUGAGUCUCUUUCCUUUACCCGCUCUUGCAAGCGCACCACCGCACACUUCACCGAAGGCUGGGUAGAGUUCAGCAGCAAGCGCAUCGCCAAGACCGUUGCAGAGAUGCUCAAUGCGCAGCCGAUCGGCGCGGCGGCGGUCACGCGCAGUAGCAUGCGCUCCAAGAAUGGUCCGGGAAAGGGCCGCAACAGCAAGAGGUUCAAGGAUGACGUGUGGACGAUGAAGUACCUGCCGGGGUACAAGUGGCACAUGCUGACCGAGCAGCUUGCCAACGAGCGCGCCUCACGCACCGCGCGCCUGCGUACCGAGCUCUCGCAGUCCGCCUUUGAGCAGAAGGACUAUUUGCGCAAGGUUGAGCGCGCGCGCAUCAUGCAGGACAAAGCAGAGCGGCGUGCUCAGAAGAGCAGGCGUGAGCCAGAACGCGACGGCAAACGUGUACGGACGUUUAAGCAACGUGCGCCUGUCUUCAAGGAUGUCAGGGAC